AGUUUCAGUAGCCACGCAAUGCAGGUUCCGGAUCGAAAUUCACGAUCUCUGAUUACGAAUUCAAAGCAUAAGAUAGAUCUAAAUCCCCCACUUGGGAUGUCCCCGUAAGGCGUAAGGUGAGUAGUAGUCGUAUCUAAUCCGAUCUUAUACUUGUUCACGCAGUUGAACAUGAGCGCCGCCAGCGAUGUGAAGAUCCUUGGAGUUGGGCGAACCCAAAGCACAUGAGCUCCAAAACCCACGAGCCAUAAGGAUGGAGAACUCACCGGGUAGGCAGUGGAGGAAGGACACCUCAGACCUGGACGGCGCUGCAAACGACGGCGUGACCCGAAACCAACAAGUCUCGCUGAAGACGGCGCCAGCGACGCCCGGGGCCAAGAUUCCCCGCAGGAGCCCAAGGUUAUCCAGCGCACCCCAGUUGCUCGAUCAAAUGAUUAAGCAAGAAACUGGCGCCUCAGUCCGCAUCGUUGUCUUUCCGCUGCGUUUUCUGCGUGUCGCCGGGUACGGCGUUGAAGUGUUCUUCGAUGUUCCGUUCAAAAAAGAAAAAAAAUUGUUCUUUGAUCGUUCUCUCUGCUUCGCUCUUAAGUAGUUUCGUAGUUCCAUAUAACACAUUCCCGUAAAGAAGACGUAAGAAAUGUGAAAGGCCUGGCUUCGAGCAAUAUUUUAACUGGCGAAUUUCACCCAUUUUUAUCUCGUUCGAGUUCGCAAAUUAUUUUUUAGCUUAAUUUGACGUGUGUGGGAUGGAUACAAGAAGGCAAAACAGGGCGCUUGUAUUGUACGGACGAUACAGACUUGACUCGUCUCGAGUCCCGGCUUCCUCGGCAGCUUCAGAUCCGACAGAGACGUGAAAAGAGAAGAACAAGUUCUGGUCAUGAACAUUUGACGCAACCUCAGCAGCUCAGCUGGUGGUGGCAGCGAUGGGGCGAGGCGGCGCAGGCGCGGUGGCGGCGGCGUUGACGUUGUGGUGGCUUACGGGGCGCGCCGGGGCCGUGUGGCUGGAGCUGGCGACGACGGCGGGCAAGUGCCUGUCCGAGGAGAUCCAGUCCAACAUCGUCGUCAUGGCCGACUACUCCAUCCUCUUCGAGGAGCACCCCGUCCGCCCCACGGUCUUCGUCAAGGUGACAUCGCCUCACGGAGACGUCCUGCACCACGCCGAGAAGGUCACCCACGGCCAGUUCGCCUUCACCACGGUGGAGUCCGGGAUCUACCUUGCCUGCUUCUGGGCGGAGACUCUGGACCGGGGGAUGGUGAUCAACCUCAACCUUGACUGGAAAAUCGGGAUCGCGGCAAAGGAUUGGGAGACUGUUGCUAAGAAAGAAAAGAUCGAUGGAGUGGCGCUAGAGCUUGUCAAACUAGAAGCAGCUGCUCGAUCAAUCCAUGGAAACAUGCUCUACCUUAUAGUAAAAGAAGCAGAAAUGCGAGAUGUGAACGAGUGGACACAGGAUAAGAUCACAUGGCUGAGUCUUAUGUCCCUCGCCGUCUGUAUCACAGUCUCAGUUUUGCAAUUGUGGCAUCUCAAACAGUUCUUCCAAAAGAAGAAACUCAUCUAGCAUAGUCAGAGGAAACAAGCUUAUAGGCUUGAGAUGAUCUGGGAUUGUUGCAGGCAUCUGAAGCAAUUCUGGAAUUAGAAUUGAGAACCUCCUUGGUCUAACGCUCCACUAAUGCUUGUGAAUUUGAAGUUCAUUUUAGUUACAUAUUGUGUGCGUGUGUAACAUUUCUGUUUGGUAAGUAAUAUUAAUUUUCCUUU